GUUUCUGCACCGUGUUCCCCAGGGCUUCCCGAAACAGACUCGAGUGUACGUGUCUCUAAGGCGGCUCUCGGGCGGGACUGAUGUCUCAUGCUUCUACUUCAGGCACGAGGACGAAGCCUGCAGUGUAAACGCGCAUGCCCUGUCGCUGGAGGCUAGACGUUAUGCUCUGGUAGAUGACCGCAGGCCAGGCGGCGGAGGCCCGGCGCCUGCACGAUGGACGGCGAGGAGGAGUUCUUCGACGCCGUCACAGGCCUUCAUUCUGGUCACUCUUCUGGGGACUUCUCAGAGGCAAGUCGGAAAGUCACCAGAAUGACCGACGUGGACGCCAGCCAAAGCAGUAGGGCUGGGAAAGGCGGGGAGAGGCCCCCCGAGGAGAACGGGGUGCACAGACACAGGACCGCCUUGCCGGCGCCCAUGUUCACGAGGAGUGACUUCAGUGUGUGGAGCAUCCUGAAGAAGUGCAUCGGCUUGGAGCUGUCCAAGAUCACAAUGCCUAUCGCCUUCAACGAGCCCCUGAGCUUCCUGCAGCGGAUCACGGAGUACAUGGAGCACGUGUACCUCAUCCACAGAGCCUCCCGCCAGGCCCAGCCCCUGGAGCGGAUGCAGUCUGUGGCCGCCUUCGCGGUCUCGGCCGUGGCUUCGCAGUGGGAGAGGACCGGCAAGCCAUUCAACCCGCUGCUGGGAGAGACCUACGAGUUGGUCAGGGAAGACCUCGGGUUUAGGUUCAUCUCCGAGCAGGUCAGCCACCACCCGCCCGUCAGUGCGUUCUACUCAGAAGGGCUCCACCACGACUUCCUGUUCCACGGCUCCAUCUACCCGAAGCUCAAGUUCUGAGAGAGCGUGGAGGCGGAGCCCCGGGGGACCAUCACCCUGGAGCUGCUGGCGCAUGAUGAGGCCUACACCUGGACCAACCCCACAUGCUGCGUGCACAACGUCAUCCUCGGGAAGCUGUGGAUAGAGCAGUACGGCACAGUGGAGAUCCUGAACCACAGGACUGGACACAAGUGCGUGCUGCACUUUAAGCCGUGUGGCCUAUUUGGAAAAGAGCUCCACAGAGUGGAGGGGCACAUCCAGGACAAAAACAAGAAGCAGCUGUCUGUGAUCUACGGCAAGUGGACGGAGUGCCUGUGGGGCAUCGACCCCAUCUCCUACGAGGCCUUCAGGAAGCAGAAGAGGGGCGACCGCCCAAGGAAGGUUACACUGGACCAGGGCUCCGAGAAAGCCGACAGCGAUGUGGUUGACGACAUGCCCGCGGUUCAGGACAGCGUGCAGGUCAUCCCGGGCAGCAAGCUGCUCUGGAGGAUCAACACCCGGCCCCCCAACUCUGCCCAGAUGUACAAUUUCACGAGCUUCACCUUGAGCCUAAACGAGCUGCAGACGGGUAUGGAGAGGACCCUGCCGCCCACCGACUGCCGCCUGCGCCCCGACAUCCGUGGCAUGGAGAACGGCAACAUGGAUCUGGCCAGCCAGGAGAAGGAGCGGCUGGAAGAGAAGCAGAGGGAGGCCCGGAGGGGGCGUGCCAAGGAGGAGACCGAGUGGCAGACCAGGUGGUUCCACCCAGGCAGCAACCCCCACACCGGGGCCCCCGACUGGCUGUACACUGGCGGC